AUGGAGAGAGAUCAGAAGAAAUUGGAGCUGAAGGACGUGCUGCUGCCGACCCACGUCAAGCCCAGCAAGUACUUUGUCGAGAUCACCCCGCAUUUCGAGUCGUUUUCGUUCAAUGGCUUCGAGACGAUCGAAAUCGAAGUGCUGUCAGCAACGAGCAAGGUGGUGGUGCACUCGAAGGAGAUCCAAAUAAAGGCCGUCGACUUCAUCCACCACGAUGCCCGCCUCGCUGCCACAGACAUCAGCCUCGACGAGAAGGCCGACACCGCAACGUUCACCUUCGAGAGGGAGCUGCCGCUCGGCCACGCCAAGCUUCACGUGACCUUCGUGGGCCAGCUAAACGACCAGAUGGCCGGCUUCUACCGCACCAAAUACGCCGCCCGCGAUGGCUCGCAGAAGUGGGGCGGUUGCACGCAGUUCGAGCCCACGGAUGCCCGCCGGGCCUUCCCGUGCUGGGACGAGCCGGCGAUCAAGGCCGUCUUCGAGAUCGCCCUGGUUAUCCCCAAGGACAUGCUCGGCCUCUCGAACAUGCCGGUCGUGAGCGAGAUCCUCGACGAGUCCACGGGCCGCAAGACGCUCAAGUUUGGCCCGACUCCGGUCAUGUACGGCCAUCCGCUCUCUCCCGCUCUCUACACCUUUGCGUGA